GGGUGGAGGCUGGGGAAACGUGCCACUCUGAGUUUGAGAGAGAGAAGGAUAGGACUGGAGGAGAACACACACACACCACAGGGACAUAAGUUACAGCUGUGAUUGCAUAUGACUCCAGGACUCAUCUGUGGUAUGCAGCAUUCAGAUGUCGUCAUUUAGAGGCUGGAGCGCCACACCUGAAACCUCGAAUCCAGAAGCCUUUCAUUUGCAGCAGUAACCUGGGCGGGUCUCAGAGAAGCAGCCAAGCCUGGUGGAUCACAGAGUGUGUGUAAUUAGUGGGUAGCGUGUGGGGGCUUUCAUGGAUUUGGCAGACCACCAGUGCGAGCGACACCCCACAGGUGCCCACCAACACAUCCACCCGCAAUGCCCUGUUCACAGCCCUGCAGCAGAGGAAGUGAAGAACAGUGGCCUACGCAAGGGUUUGAGCAGACACCGAGACUAUGUGAAGAUCUCGGUACCUGACGGCAAGGGCAAGCCUCCACCUAUGGAAUGGUGGAAGACGGUGAUUGCGUUCGUAUACGCGGCGUUCAACCUGGUGCUGACAACUGUGAUGAUCACAGUGGUGCAUGAGAGAGUCCCAGCGAAAGAGACCAGCCCACCUCUGCCGGAUAAGUUCUUCGACUAUGUGGACCGUGUGAAGUGGGCUUUCACGGUGACAGAAGUGAAUGGGAUGCUGCUGGUGGGGAUUUGGUCUAUACAAUGGCUCUUCCAUAGAUAUCGGGCCAUCUUGGGUAGGAGGUUCUUCUUCCUAUUGGGCACUUUGUACCUGUAUCGUUGCAUCACCAUGUAUGUCACCACUCUGCCUGUGCCUGGCAUACACAUGUCCUGUGCCCCAAAGCUUUAUGGAGACUCACAGGCAAAGCUCCAGCGAGUUUUACAGCUGAUCUCUGGAGCUGGUCUAUCCAUCACUGGUUCCCACAUCAUGUGCGGUGACUUCCUGUACAGCGGCCAUACGGUCAUGCUCACUCUCACCUACCUGUUCAUCAAGGAGUACUCCCCACGCUCGUUCUGGUGGUAUCACCUGCUCUGCUGGCUCUUGGCUGCAGUAGGUGCGGUGUGUAUCCUCGUGGCUCAUGAGCACUACAGCGUGGAUGUAGUGGUGGCGUAUUUCAUCACUUCCCGCCUCUUCUACUGGUACCACACCAUGGCUAAUGUGCAGGCUCUAAAGUGUUCUCCAAACAACUACCUCACCCACACAUGGUGGAACCCCAUCUUCAACUUCCUGGAACGUAACGUGCAGUCGCAAGUGCCUUGUUCGUUCUGCUGGCCGCCCACAUGGCCUCCAGCCUGCCUGAAGAACCCGUGUAAAAAAUACUCCAUGGUGCAGAGUGUUCGUGAGGAGUGACUGCCACAUCUUCACCUCCACUCUGUUACUUUUCUUUACAAUUACCACAAUAAUGUAUUUCUUUUAUUUAUGAACAUCUGAAAUCUUGCAUAUCAGUAAUACCAAAGACUUUGUGAAGGGGUUGGGAAAAAUCAAUGGCUCAGGUUUAAUCAUAAUAAAUAAAUAAAUAAAUAAAUAAAUCAUUAAGUCCCCUUUUCAGUUUGAAAUUCAUGCACAAUUCAAUAACUUAAAAUGUUAACUGAUUUUUUUCCCCCAAAUAAAUAAUAAUUCAAUUCAAUAAUUCAUUAACAAGAAAUGGUAUUUAGCUUAAUUUUUUUUUUUUUUAACUCAAUGAAAUGGUCACAAUUGUGCCUUUUUAACCAUGUAUUGUUGAAUUUUAUUACUUGGUGUUAACUGUUUGUUGGAUAUUUCUUUUUUUUUUAAUAUAUGUGUUUUUUUUUUGUUUUUUUUUUAAACAAAAGAUUCCAUUAAAAAGCUGACGAAUCAGAGAGUGGAGUGUAUUUACUGAUACAAAUCAGAACUAAUAAUAAAUCCCACUGUCUAAAUCACUCUGUAUUUAAUUAAUAAGAAACUCAACAACUCACCCCUCAUCUAUUCAGACAACAAUUGUAAUAUAAUGUUCAAAAGAUGAUUUACUCAGGUUAAUGAACAUUCAGUGUUUAAAAGCUGUAUCCUGCAUGAAGUCUCCCAUAAAACGAAACACAGAAGUUUCUUAAGUACCUUUCGGAAGGUACCUUUUAUUUUGGUAGUGUCCAUUUGUAAGACCUUUUUUUUAUUUAAGACAAAUGCAUGAUAAUAGCAUUUUUGUUAUGUAAUGGAAAUGUCAUUUUGUCUUCUAAAAGCUUGUUCACGCAAAAAAAUAUGCAUUAUAAACCUUAUUGUAA